AUGCGCCACAACUACCGUCCCAAUGGCGAAAUCGUCAGCUGCGUCGACGGGUACAACACUGUCUCUGGGCGAAAACAUGAUGUUACCCGAGGACUCGUCACGAUCACGACCUUGAUCCCCAUCCACGCCAUUAUCAAUUCAGAUCCGGAGAAGGCAGGAGUUGGCGCUGUCACUACAGAGCCUCAUCACACAACCAUCCCGACUGAGCUAUUUGAUCGUGCGCAGGUUCAGGAUGUCGCCAAACGCGUCCACGGCGUGUGGUACAGCAUCGAUGCAGCGUGUACCCCUAAGAAGUAA